UUCUGUGUUCCUAUUCGGUCAAGUAGGUGGCGGUAAUGCGCCAUGAAGCUGCUUUGCCAACCGCCAAGAAGCACCAUCGAAGAAGAACAAGCUGGAAAUAAACAUGACUGAAAGUGGCGCGCAGCUCUUCGCUCGUCUUGAUGGCCGCCAAAGUGUUCGUGACAUCGAACCUCGCCUCUUCCCACCACACGCAGGACCCGGACCCGGUGCGUUGGUGGAGCUGUACGGGACGGAGGGGACGGGUGAGUCGAGACCGCCCCUUGUCUGAGACAUUCUCUCCUAACGCUGGCAGGCGCACAGGUAAGACGGAACUGCUCUACCACUUCCUGUGCCGUGCCGUACUCCCCGCCGAUGCCGGCGGCCUGCAGCUGGAGGUGCUUUUCGUCGACACCGACUACAGUCUGGACGUGUUGAGGCUCGUCGGCAUCCUGGACGCCAGGCUGGGGGGUGCGGGGUCGUCGAGCCGGCCGCGGCAGCCCGCAGAGGCACGCGUGCGUGAAUGCCUGUCCCGGCUGCUGGUGGCGCACUGCAAUUCUUCGCGGCAGCUGCUGGCCACCCUGCACGCGCUGGAGGCCCGCUUGGCGUCUCGGCCCGGCCUGGCGUUCAUCCUUCUGGACAGCGCCUCGGCGUUCUAUUGGCCGGACCGCGGUGAGGGCGGAGCCAGCGUGUCCAAGCAGGAAGAGAAGCUGAGCAAAUGUUCGCAGCUCUUGGGCGCUUUGCUCAGGGAUUACCGGAUCAGCGUGUUUGCUUCCUGCCACUCCAACCAGAGGCGCUGUAGCCACACCUCCUCCUCAUUCUCCCACCUGUGUCGCCUUUGGCAACGGCUGGUCACUCACCGCAUGUUGUGCUCCAGACAGGAAGUUGCCCCGGCGGGAGGCGGCCCCAGAGCUCACAUGUUCAGCGUGCAUUGCACGUCCUCGUCGUCCGGUAGCAAAGCUCACAGGAGCUGCUCCUUCCGCGUCGGGGAUGGCGGCCUGGAAUUUGUCUGACGCUCCUCCUCUGGCCGCUGUCCGUCCAGAUUGUCAAAUCCAUCCGUCAGUCACAAAGCAUCGGCUCAACUCCUGACGUUUACCUCGCCAGCACGUCUCAUUUGAUUCGAUCUUCAACGGCGUGCGUGUUAAACGGCGGGUGUUUGUAAAGUGUUCCCAUGCCCGGAAAGGUCGAGAAAACAGAAUCUAAUCUACUAUCUGGGGAAAUGCCGUGUAUGCCUUUCCCACACUGUUAAGACGACCCUAUCUUCUAAACUAAAAAUGCACAAAGCUCCACAGAAAAUAUUGGUGAAUCCAUGGCUUGGAAGCUGCUGAGAUGCUUGCACAAGAGCGUGUGGCAUUCUGAUAUGGUCUCAUUGAAUACUGCAUUCGGAUUGGCUCACAAAAUGACAUCCGUGACCAUGAUCAUCUGAUAAACCACAAAUUAGGCAAUUCAGAAGCUAAUUUUCUGACAAAUGCAAACUGUUUUUACAAAAACCCUGCCACAAUUUUAGGGCACUGUCGGUGAGGGCAGCAUUCCCAGCCCGAGAGCUUGCGGCGACCCUCACAUAGAAAUACUGAAUGUGGAAGAAUAAAAACUGACUUUGUCAUA